GGGACCUCAGAGCCGCGGGGCGGCGAGCCGGGCACCGGCCGCUCCGCUGCUACAGCCGGACCCACAGCCGUGCCGAGCUGAGCCGUGCCAGGUAAAAGGACACAGAAGAGAAAAUGGAUUGGGGAUCUCUGCAGGCCAUUUUGGGAGGUGUAAACAAACACUCCACCAGCAUUGGGAAGAUAUGGCUCACAGUCCUAUUCAUCUUCCGUAUCAUGAUCCUGGUUGUGGCUGCAGAGAGAGUCUGGGGAGAUGAACAACAAGAUUUUGUCUGCAAUACGCUUCAACCUGGGUGUAGAAAUGUUUGCUAUGAUCACUUUUUCCCCAUCUCUCACAUCAGACUAUGGGCCCUGCAGCUGAUCUUUGUCUCCACACCUGCGCUGCUGGUGGCCAUGCACGUAGCUUACACCAGGCAUGAGAAGAAACGGCGGUUCAGAAACGGUGAGAAAAUUGAUAUAGAAGAGCUGAAAAACGAAAAGAUUCACAUUCGAGGUCCCCUGUGGUGGACAUACACCAGCAGCAUCUUCUUCAGGAUCAUCUUUGAAGCAGUCUUCAUGUACGUGUUCUACUACAUGUACGAUGGGUACCAGAUGCCUCGCCUGGUGAAGUGUGAUGCAUGGCCCUGCCCUAACGUAGUGGACUGCUUUGUGUCUCGGCCCACCGAGAAAACCACAUUUACUAUUUUCAUGCUUGCUGUGUCUGGGAUCUGCAUGACGUUGAAUCUAGCUGAGUUGUGUUACCUAGUGGCAAAAAUUUGCAUGAAACAAUCCAGGAAAACAGCAGCUUUAAAAUAAUCUCUCAGUUCCAGGAUUUCCUAGCUCCCCAUUUCCCUCAAAUUUUCUUAGGUGUCAGAAAACAAUCGGCAAUAUUUUCACACUCAAAGAAAAGGAUAAAAAUAAAAGGGUAUAUUUUUAUAAUGAUAGCCUGCUUGGGAAGCUGAUAAUGAGGCAAGUUUCAAGAUUAUGGGCUAAUUCAUCCACAAGUAGAGAGAAAAGUCUUUUGGCAGCAGCUCUUCCAAGUAUGCCUGCUGCUGUGAUGGUCACUCUUCAAAAAGAGGGAGUGGAAAAGCCCAGAGAAGGCUCUAGUGCCCACAAGAGAGCAGGGAAUCAAACACAAUGUCUGCUUCAGAGGCAGGCCAAAAACAAAGGGCUUUGGUCAAAAGUGGGAUGAAGGGUUUUUUGGGAGGAACUUCCAGUUCCUGGAGAAGACAGACAUGACCAUUAUAGAAUGCGUCCUAUUCUCUCUAAGCAUUCUGGAGAGACAUGAACUCCUUAGCAAAUGCUAUCAGCUUUGCUGGGGACCAGCAAUUUAUUUUUAUUUUAUUUUUUAAUUUUUUAUGUUCUUUCCUGCACUGUGGAGCCACUCCUAUGGGGCUGGGGGUGGCCAGUCUCAACUGCUUGUAGUCAGUGCUCCUCCCUCCACUCACAGGGGCUGCAGCAGUGGGAGGAAUGAA